GUGCACUUCAGCUGGAGCUACGAUGGCUGCUCACCACCAACACCACUACCCGCACUUCCCCCAUCUUCAGCACGGCCGCGAACAGCACGACAGCCAUGAGCGUGACCUUCACCACUGGAAACCCACCCAAGUCCUCCCCGACCUCCGCUUCGAGACCAGCUAUUUGAAGAGCAUCAAGCGGUAUGUGCAAGUGUCCGAAGGGGAGGCGGGUGAGCUCGAACACCGCGACGAGAAAGAGGGAAUGAUAGCUGGUCCGCUACUGAGGGACGUGGAGGUGCAGGUCGAGUGGGGGAAGGUGCUGUGGGUCACGCUCAGAGACCAGGUUAUCAGCCCAUUCCUGCAGGGUGCCUUGUGGGGGUAUGCGUCCCUGUUCAUCCGACCAAUUAUCGCCAGUCUUCGCGGACGUCCGACCGUUAGGAACGUUCAGGAAGGGAAGGCCUCUGGGUGGUUGAGGAACUGGUUAAAGGCUACAUUGGGGGGCGUGUCUACGUCGUUUGCGGGGAACGGCCGGUGAGCUGAGGUUACCAGGUCCUGGCAUAUUGCGUAUCUUUGCUUUCGCGGGCAGUGGCGGAGCGUUGGCGAAAAAUAAGGUGGAAGGCGUAUUCACCAUAAACUCAUAGCUCUGCAACCUUCCCCGUCUCGAGACUCGCCGCACUCUUGAUCUCCACCCACUCAUUCACCCACAUAUACCUCGAGAACCCCACAUACAGCCACCGGAACCACACCAUCUGCGACCAAUGCUGCAGCAUCCCUCUUAGCGUCACGGCGUACUCCGCAGCGCUCGACACAACCAUCGCGCGGUCCACGCCAUUAUCCGAGCGC